AUGAACGGAACUCCUCGCAUGCGGUCGUCGUACCCUUCGACUCCACGCAGCGCCCAGCAGAGCCCAAGCACGGCGCAAGAUGGAUCGAGAGUUAUAUCGCCUCUUCCGAAUCUUCCAGAUGGCUCCCCUGCUGCUGCGUCGUUCAGUUCUCCUGUCAUACCGGUCAACCUCAUCGAUGCGCCGAGUCAGCGGAUGUAUACCUUCGCAGUGUAUGGGCUACUCUUAGUAUGGCGAAUAUACGAUUGGUGGCAGCUUGUGGAAGACGGUACUACUUCCAUUGGGCUCUUUUUAAAAUGGAGCGCCCUUGAUUCGAUAUUCUUGUUUGGGGUUCCAUAUUUGCGGAUACCUUGGUUGGAAUGGUCGGAGACGACAUCUGUGGUGGCAGGCUGCUUACAUGCUGCUCUGAACAUUAUGUUGAUGUUUCGAAUACCGCUCCCCAUUGAAGGAUGGCUGCUAUUCAUGGCGAAAACCGUCUUCGACAGGGAGAUGUCUAUUUCUGAGAAUAGCGUUCGACCGGCGAGCAUUCUACAUAACUCGUCCCUUAUAAUGGGAAAGCAGAUUAUUAACAUUCUGCCCGAAGGGUCCGUGACUAUGAACCCAGACAGUCACCCCUUUUGCGUUGAUGGUGUCCGUCCUGUGGUUCACAUACCCCUCUAUUUUAACCAGACGAAGCCGAAAGUGGUGGAGCUGUUGCGAAUCGACUUUGACACAAAUGCCAAUGAGACUAUUGUGCUUUCCCAGAAAGAAGUCAAUAGUGCCCACAAGACUCCCGAUGACAACCUUUUACUUAUAAAUUACGCGGCAAGGAAACCUGGUCUCUACCGGCUCCUCAGGGUUGUGGAUAAAACCAAGUUGGAGGUUCAGAGGAGAAUGUCCGACACGCUGAUAGUAAAUUGUCCGAAAGCAGCUGUCAAAUCAACGGCUUCGGACAAGUGUCUUGGUGAUCUCUCGGAUCUAACCAUGGAGAUCGAAGGAACUCCACCACUGAAAGUUGUGUAUAGUCGAACGGCCAACAGUGACCAGAGUGUCCAUCACUUCCAGAGUAUUCAGCCAGAGAACUUUGCCUCGCCUCUUCUGGGCUCUACUCGGGCAGGCACAUUAGUUGUUGCGGGGAGCCAGGAUGUUUCCUGGGCUCGAACGCAUCGGAUCACAGUACCUCUCAACGAGUCCAUGAUCCCUAGCGGCCAUUGGUUGUACUCCAUUGAUGAAAUUCAUGAUGCCACAGGAAAUAUUGCCAACUUUUCCACCGGAGCUGACGAUGGAGAGCACAACUACCCCAAAGGCGCAAAUCUUGAGCAAGCAUUUACGGUUCACGAACGUCCUGUUGCUCGUCUUACGGGAUGCGACUCUCGAAACCCUUUGAUGGUAGCAAAUGGCAAGAGUGUCCAGCUCCCAGUCCAAUAUGUGUCUCCUGGCCGGACUCCAGACGACACUUCUCACACUCUAAUUUGGAAAUUCUCUCCCCUGGACACAUUGACGAAGAGUGGGGAUCAUGGAAUGGAAGUGAUUCUCGAAGAAUACUCCGCAAAGACGGCGCACAACACUCCCGCUAUACGCGAACCUGGUCUCUACACACUAACUGGAGUGAAGAGUAAGUUCUGCGAUGGAGAGAUCAAGGAGCCUGCAUCCUGUCUACUUCUCAACCCCCCGGAGCCUCAGUUGUCCAUCACAGCGGAGAACAUAAACGAUAAAUGUGCUGGAAACUCGAUUGGCCUGCUCGUUGAUCUCGACCUCAUAGGUACACCUCCUUUCACUGUGAGGUAUGAGAUCGCUACAAAGAGUGGAUCGCACAUGGAAAGCGUCAGAGUCCCUGGUUUACGGCAUCAGUUAGAGCUUAAACCAAAGGAUGCUGGACAUUUCAAAUAUCGGUUCAUCUCAAUUGACGAUGCGGUGUACAAAGGUCACCAACUCGGUGGGAAAGAUCUUCUGUUGGAGCAAGACGUCAAGCCACCUGCAUCGGCUCAUCUCAGACGCCCCUCUGGCACUAUCGACGCAUGUAUUGAAGAACCCGUUGAGAUGAACGUUGAAUUAUCGGGAGAGAAACCUUUUACUCUUGAGUAUGAGCUCGUUCAUGAUGGAAAGCGGAAGAAGACCAAGGAAACCGGUAUCGAAACAGACGUCUUGAAGAUCCAGACAGAUCCGUUAGCCAAAGGUGGAGAAUAUUCACUGGCUCUCACAAGCAUUCAGGACAAGACGGGUUGCAAGAUAUUCUUGAACAGCGAGGUCAAAUUCACAGUCAGACGUCAGAGACCGAAAGUCUCCUUCGGACAUCUCGAAGGCAAGCACAAGACAGUUGAGGUGGAAGGCCGACAAGUUGACCUGCCACUGCGCUUGACUGGCCGUUCUCCCUGGACUAUCAGAUAUCGCAAUAUGAACGAAUCUUCCAAAGUCAUCCUGGAAAAGACUGCUAGAUCCACCAACGACAUCAUCCGGGUCAACCAGCGUGGGACUUACGAAAUCUUGGACGUUUCUGAUGAUCAAUGCCCUGGAACUGCUGAUCCUACGGCUUCAAAGUUCGAGGUGGAUUGGUUCCCUAGACCUCAGAUCAAACUUGCAGACACAGCUGUACUUAUUCCUGAAGGCAAAAAGUUCAAAAAACGCGAGGUCUGUGAGGGUGAUAUUGAUGCGGUUGAGGUUAAUCUAAUUGGAACUUCACCAUAUAAUGUUAAGUACCAAGUUCGUCACAAGCCCGAGCAUGGAUCGAGCUCCAUUCAAAACAAAGAAUUCGAAGCCGCCCUGGGCCUGGCCACCAUCUCGAUGGAGACCAGCAAGGCCGGAACGUACGAGUACGAGUUCUCCGAGCUUUCCGAUGGCUUGUACGAUCACGAAGCCAAAAAGUUCACUCCCCUUGUACUUUCGCAGAAAGUCAAUCGAAAGCCUUCAGCACACUUCGUCAAACCCGGACAAUCGUACAAGUACUGCAAAGAAGAACUAGCUGGCGAUGAAGUUAUCCCCAUCAAGCUAGGCGGUGUUCCUCCAUUCAGCCUCGAAAUCGACAUCAAGCAUCAAAGCAGUUCUCGACCGGAAACUGUCAAGGUUGCAAACAUUGAAACAAAUCAUUACGACUUCCGGAUACCCCACCGCGUUCUUUCUCUCGGUGUUCAUCAAGUCAGCGUGAGAAAGGUCCGUGACUCCCAUGGAUGUCAGCAGAAGACUGAAUAUGGUGCGCCUCACGUUCAAGUCCAAGUCUAUGACGUGCCCACCAUUUACCCCUUGGAUUCCCGUGCAGAUUACUGUGUCGGGGAGCGAAUUUCUUACACUCUGUCGGGAACGGCACCUUUCGAGAUAUUCUACACGUUUGAAGGUGUACAAAGGAAAGCCAAGUCCAUCACGACGACUUUCAAGCGUAUCGCGGAGAAGCCCGGAAACUUCACCAUCACUGCCGUAUCAGACAAAGCCAGUGAGUGCAAGGCUAGGACAAAAAUUUCGAAGCUGGUGCAUGAAAUGCCAAGCGUUAAGAUCAGCAAAGGGAAGCAGGUCGAAGUUGAUAUCCACGAGGGAGGACAGGCAGAAAUUCUAUUUGAAUUCUGGGGCACUCCACCAUUCGAAUUCACCUACACCAGAAGCACCAAUGCCCGGAAAGGGCAGAAGUCACAGGUUUUGGAGACGAGGCAUGAAGUGUCGUAUGAACAUAGUAAGACGAUCCAAUCUUCCCAGGAAGGGACUUAUGAGGUGGUUGCAAUCAAAGAUAAGUUUUGUUCAUUCUCCACACAGAGAGGGGAGAUGGAAAGCAGACAGAGAUUGAUUCAACUAUGA